AUUGACAAAGUAUUUUUGCUUUAAAACCCUCUUAUGACAAGAUAACCUUCACAAUCUCUCGCACAACAACAGCGACAAAUAAACCAGACCAGCGGAGGAGACACCAUCCCUUAUCUGCAACCCAUCUUCUCCAUUUUUCCUCCAAAACCCAAUCAAAAAAUGGAUCCCAACACCCAAAACCUUGAAAACCCAGAAGCCAAAUCCUCGGAAGAACAAAACCCACUUGCCAUUGUACCCUGCAAAGACCAAACCACCGCACUUCCAUUUGCCACGGCUUCGCUCUCUCUUUCUCUCUCUACAAUCCUCCCCACCCCGUUCACGCUCCAACCCAAAAUCCAAUCCUUGUUUUCCCACCAACCAAGCAAGGUCAAGGUCCCAACCCAAGCCUCCUCCCUCGCCCACCUCUCUCUCUCCGCCACCUCCCUCUCUCCCACUCCCUCCAAACUAUCAUUCAAGUCCACAAUCUCAGCCAAUCCCCUCCAAAACCCUCUCUCUCUCGGUCCUCGCCGCCCCUUGGACCCUUCCAACGGAGCUGGAAUUCGUCGAGCUGCCAUCGUUUGGUUCCGCAACGAUCUUCGCGUCCACGACAAUGAAUGCCUCAACACCGCGAACAACGAGGCCAUGUCGGUCUUGCCUGUGUACUGCUUCGACCCGAGAGACUACGGGAAAUCGUCUUCUGGGUUCGACAAGACCGGGCCGUACCGCGCCUCGUUCUUGAUCGAGUCGGUUUCGGACCUCAGGAAGAACCUCCAGGCAAAAGGGUCGGACCUGGUGGUGAGGGUUGGGAAGCCCGAGACGGUCUUGGCUGAGUUGGCGAAGGCGGUAGGUGCUGACGCUGUGUAUGCUCACAGAGAGGUCUCGCACGACGAGGUAAAGGCAGAGGAGAAGAUUGAGGCGGCGAUGAAGGAUGAGAGUGUGGAGAUCAAGUACUUCUGGGGUAGUACUUUGUACCAUCUUGACGACUUGCCAUUUAAGCUGGAAGAUAUGCCAGCAAACUACGGUGGGUUUAGGGAGAAAGUGAAGAGCUUGGACGUGAGGAAGACUAUUGAGGCAUUGGAUCAAGUGAAGGGGAUGCCUGCUCGUGGUGAUGUGGAGCCCGGGGAUAUUCCGUCAUUGGUGGAUUUGGGGCUUAACCCAUCGGCGACCAUGGGUCAGGAUGGAAAGCCAGCUGCCAAUGCUUCCAUGGUGGGAGGUGAGACUGAAGCACUUCAGAGGCUUCAAAAAUUUGCAGCUGAGUGCCAAGCACAACCACCCAAGGGGACCAAGGAUGGCAGCAAUGACAGCAUAUAUGGUGCUAACUUUUCGUGCAAAAUUUCUCCAUGGCUAGCCAUGGGAUGCCUCUCUCCCCGCUCUAUGUUUGAUGAGCUAAAGAAAACGGCUACCAGAACUAUUUCUGCUUCCUCAAACCGGGAUGAUGGUGGCUCACCUGAUACUGGAAUGAACUGGUUGAUGUUUGAGUUGAUGUGGAGGGAUUUCUUCAGAUUCAUUACCAAGAAAUACAGUUCAAAACAGCUUGAAGCUGCCCCAGCCACAGCUUGUACGGGUGCCCUUGCAUAAGCACGAAAAUGACCUGCAAAUUAAAAGGAAAAUUUGUUCUGGGAUGUCGGCUGCUUGUGCUUCUUUAUAAUUUUCCAAGAUGUAGCUGUUAGAUGUUGGAGUAGGCUUGUUUGAAAGAGUUGUUCCUUGUACUUUUCUGGCUGCCAAAUAAAUGAUUGAAUAUGAAAACUUUUAUUUGUUCUAAAGAUGGCUAGUUUUGCCCUUCUAAACAUUUUCUGUGUUCAUGUGCCCUCUUGUGAAUAACAGAUCCUUUUGGCUCUGCUUCUCGUA